ACCAACUGCAUCUCACAUCUGGAAAGAAUUAUCAAGAUGGUAUAAUAUAUUAAGAUGGUGUAAUAUAUGUCAUAAUGCUACAAAUGAUGAUGAGUCAGCAAUAUUAAAGGCAUUCCAGUCUGCAGAUGAAUUUAUUCCAAUACUAUCAACGAAAUCGCAAAUUUAUUCUAAAGAUAAACUUUCAAGUAAACUGCUUAAUUUUUGUAAAG